AAUUAAAGUGACUGUUUCGGGUUUCGACUUUCCAUUACAUCCAUUCCUCGUAUCGUAUUUAUAUAAUAUUCUCUCUUGCUCUUUCGCUCAUUAAAGUUUCUAUCUAAUUAACCAGACGAGACGACAUGUCGUCCAGCAUCACCAGCUCCGAUGAAACAUCGGCCAACAUGUCCACCAGAAGCCUCAGCCAGAUUUCCGAAGUUGAGGCCAUAAAACUGGGACUCGAUCUCGUACCGGCCGCCAGGCGAAACAUCGGCUUCUUAAAAGCCGUGGCUGCGUCUCAAUGGCUUCACCAAAAACCCACUCUUAUCGAAGCCAUAAGGAGGUACAAUGAGCUUUGGAUGCCAUUAAUUUCCGAUCUGACGGUGGGGUCAACUCCUCCAUUGAUUCUUCCUCCUAUUGAUAUUGAAUGGGUUUGGUUUUGUCAUACAUUGAAUCCUGUUUCUUAUAGGGAAUACUGUGAAUCAAAGUUGUCGAAAUUUAUAGGAAAGGCAGCUAUUUUUGAUGAAGAGAAUGAAGAAUACGCUUUGAUGAGAUGUAAAGAGAUAUGGUUGAGAAGGUACCCGGAUGAGCCAUUUGAGAAUGAAGUUGAUUCGGAUUUGACCAACCCUGUUGUAGCUGAUGAAGAGUUUUUGAUGGAAGUGACCAAGCACAGAUUUUUGUACUCAAAGUUCUCGGAGCCGUACAGGUCUGAAACUCUGUAUCUGAUAGCAGCAAGGCAACGUUAUAAGGGAUUUCUUUAUAUGCUGCAGAAGUCAAUUCAAGUGCGCUCUCGUUUGGUGCCUGCUUCUGAUAUUCUUCUAAUGUGGCUUAUUCAUCAAAGUUACCCAACUUUAUAUGCCGAAGAUUUGAGGGAGAUUGAUAGUGUUGUGAAGAAGGUGGUAUCUGUAUGGGAAACUGUUAAUAAAAAUGAAGUGGAAGAGACCAAGAAUCUUUGGGAGACAACAUUGGACCAACCAUAUGAGAAAGCUGGUGGAGAAAUUGACUUUAAUUUGGAUGGAGUUAUUCCAGUCCAGCCUCCAGUUUACUGGGAAGUCUCAGAGACAGAUGUCAAUACCAAAUAUAAGCCCAUGCAACCUAGAUUCUUACUUGAGGUCUGUGUGUUUGUGAGGCUGAAGGUUGACAUGAAGACAAUGCAUGAGGACAGAAAACGUGACACCCUUCGUCUUCGAAUGUUAAGGUGUCACAGAGAGCUGAAGCUUGAUAAAACAAUUUCCAACUUCUCUAAUGAAUCAUGGAUAAAAGCGUGGCAUCUGUAUUGUGAAUUUGGAACAAAGGGAGUCAUAGUUGAGCAUUGCAGGCAAGGAGGCUAUUGCUGCAAAGCAAGUACCGUUGAAGAAGCUGUGACAUUCCAUUGGAAUGACUUGUUAAGAGCACCCUCUCUGACUUUGCAAAGACAAAUUGAUAAAGAAUUGAAAAUCAUUUCUUCAAUAACUCCCCCAGUUCAAGCACCAUACUUGUUAAAAUGUGUCCCAGACCGUGUGACAGAUGAUUCUGGUGCCAUGAUUUCAGAUGUGAUUCUGAAGAUGAAUCAUUAUCAUCCACAAGAAGGCCGGUGGCUCUCUCGCACAGUUCUUGAUCAUGCUGGGAGAGAGUGCUUUGUUAUAAGAAUGAGGGUAGGAGGAGGAUUUUGGAGAAGAGGGGGUGAAGUUCCUUCAGCAGUGAAAUGGGAGGAUAGGAUUACAGAGAUCCGAGAAGGUUCUUGGUCUUAUGUUGCUGGUUCCGUCGGUAGAGCACCAGAGAGGGUGGUAGGAACAGCAACACCAAAAGAAGCUUCUGGACAAUGGAAGGCUGCAUGGCAGUUUUCAACAGGAGAUGAAUUGAUGCUUCGGUGGGAUUCGUCAACAUCGAUAUCAAGGCUGAGUUUUUGUUUGACAAACAAGUCGGAAUCAAUGGUGAAGCUGUUGAAAGGGAGAAAAAUGCAAUAUCAAAAGAAGAAAGUCAAGUCGCGUGGCAAUGACAGCAGAGCAUCUCGAAAUGAACUAGAAGAGGAAGAGGUAGAUGAGGAAGAAGAGGGUUUUCUAACCCUAGUUAGGUUCACAGAAGACAACCCAAAUGGAAGAGCAACAGCUCUUUUGAAUUGGAAGCUAUUAGUAAUAGAAUUUCUUCCAGAAGAAGAUGCCAUUUUUAUUCUUCUUCUAUGCAUUUCGAUACUAAGAAGUGUAACCGAUAUGAGAAAGGAAGACUUGGGGUCUUUGUUAACUAGAAGAAGAGUGAAGGAAGCAAAACUAGGUAGUAGGGACUGGGGUUCUGUGGUACUACACCCUUUCACUAGUUCCUCAACUCCUCCUUCGCCUUACCUUCAACCUUGGUACGAGAAUGCUAAAGCAGUUAUGGUAUCAGAUAGUUCAGAUCACAACAAGGGGCCGCCGGCUUUCACUCACAUGCCAGAGGAAGGGAGCGAUCAGCUGUACAAAAGUGGAAUAAUUACAUGAGUUUUAUGAGAUACGUUGUACAUAUUCUCUAUGUACUGGUUAUUUGAUUAAAAUAAAAAUGCCUUCAUUAGUUGCAUUAAUCCAGUUUCCAGCAUCCACUUUUGUAAUGUAAAUUAGUGGUUUAAUUAUUCCCUUGUGUUUAUUCUUCUUUCAGACUGGAUAUACUUGACAAUUUGUGCUUAAAGAAAUUGAGUUAAAUGCUUGUGG